CUCUUCUGACCUCCAACCGAAUUGUCAACAAUAGUCUGCCUAUCAAUUUUCUCUGGGAUGUCCAUCCGGAUCUCUUUUACUAAGAUGAAGCCUUGAUGAUGCACCCAUGAUAGCCUAUGGAAUAUCCUGCUUGAAAGGUGUUUGACAUCAUGUCGACUAAUCCAACUCCCACCUCAUUCCUACCAUAUCACGAGCCAGGGAUCGUUACAAUCCUCAUCCACACCUCGCUACUUCUCGUACUAAAUCUCAUCAACACAGUCUUCGAUCAUUUGAUCUUCUGUGGUCUACUAGGUCAAGUCUUCGUUGGUGUAGCGUGGGGAACACCUGGCGCAAAAUGGCUCUCAGUAGAAACGGAGCAUGUUAUUGUGCAGUUGGGGUAUCUGGGCUUGAUAUUACUUGUUUAUGAAGGAGGACUCGACACGAAUUUCCGCUCCCUCAAAGCGAACCUCUUCCUCUCCACCGCUGUGGCAAUAACCGGAAUCAGCUUCCCCAUGGCCUUAUCGUUCGUAUUGCAAUCCCUCUCCAACGCAGCACCUCUUCAGGCCUUCGCGGCUGGAGCAGCGCUCUGCUCCACCAGUCUAGGCACUACGUUCACGAUCCUCAGUACGAGUGGAUUGUCGAGCACGAGACUGGGAACCGUGCUGAGCAGUGCUGCGAUGAUGGAUGAUGUUGUUGGACUGGUGAUGGUACAGGUCAUAUCUAAUCUGGGAGAAUCGAGGGACUCGUUUAAUGCGGUCACAGUUGCGAGGCCGUUGGCUGUUAGUGUUGGCCUCGCUUUGGCUGUCCCUCUGGUAUGCCGAUUUGUUGCAUUACCGUUGACUUGUCUCCUCAAUGAAAUGCGGAAAUCCAGUCCGGCAGGUGCCCUGGACAGAAUGUGUAAAGGGACAUAUACCGCGUUCCUUAUUCACACGCUUAUUCUUAUUGGACUUGUUACUGGUGCUACGUAUGCAGGUACUUCGAAUCUGUUUGCUGCGUACCUUGCUGGAGCUUCUGUCAGUUGGUGGGAUAGUGAGGUACCACAUAUUGAGACUGAGGUGAAAAGUCCUACGCUAUCAGGCCCACAACAGAAAAUCUCAUCAACUGCAAUGGUAUCAAGCGCUACCCAGGCACAAGAUCAGGUGGUCAGGAGUUCUGAAGGAGCUGAAGUCGCACCUUCAAUCCUAGCACAUGAUUCAGUUGCAUCAACUGGGGCUGCAGUAUUUCACGCAUACUACAAAAUCGCUCUUCAACGAAUCCUAAAGCCAUUCUUUUUCGCAUCAAUCGGCUUCGCCAUACCCAUUACAGACAUGUUCAAAGGCUCAGUCGUUUGGCGAGGUAUCGUUUACACUAUCCUCAUGCUCCUUGCCAAGCUCGUAACAGGCGUGUGGCUCGUCCGCCUUGACAUCUCGAGACCAACACCGUACAUCCCAAAGGCUUUGCGUUCGAUUCUUAGAUUUCCAGCUUCGUGUAUGGGAAUCACAACUUCGAAGGAGAGCUCGAAAGGAAAGUCGAGGGGGGAUGCAGCAGCAGGACAAGAGGGGAUGGAACUCAGUCAGAAGGCUGCAAGCAAAAAGCAAGACGACAGAGUGCCGCCGACACAAACAACUGACCAGUCUCCUCAUGCAUCCACACCCACACCCACAUCCACUACACCCCACUCUUCCCCUUCGCAAGCGGCACCCAAAAUCAACAAACCCCUUUCCCUCUACCCAGCAGCCAUGCUUGGCACAGCCAUGACAGCUCGUGGCGAGAUUGGCUUCUUGAUCGCCUCCCUGGCAGAGACAACUGGGCUGUUUUCUCCAUCUGGUGAGCCUAGCUCUCAAAGCUCAGAGAUCUAUCUAGUUGUGACGUGGGCGAUUGUACUCUGUACGAUUAUUGGGCCGCUGGGAAUUGGGACACUUGUUAAAAGGGUGAGGAGGCUGCAGAAAGAGAGGAAGGAGGGGAGGAGUGUUGGGGCUGAUCCAUUGGGGAUCUGGGGGGUGGGUUGAGGAGGCGGGGUCGACGUAGAUUCGUCGCAGAGAAACAAGAAAGGAACGAGUGCUCUACAAGAAUCUCUCAAUCUUGUGCGGUAUGGAGCGAGAGAGCUGGCAGAUGACUGUUAGAGUAGUAUGCAAGACUAGAGGUUCAACUAGAUACCUAGAUUCAGCUGUAUAUGUACCAGAAAAAUGCAGAAACAUGCA